CAGGAAAGAGAAAAACAACAUGAAUCUUUCGGGUGAAGAAAAAUUUUUUGGAAUCGAAUGUAACGUUGCUGGGACUAAGUUUUCAGAACUGAGAAAAGUUACAUUUGGAAAAAUGCUAGUCAAUCAAAUCUUCGCCAUUCUUGUUAACAUCAUUUUGAUUAUUCUUGCGUUAAUUCUCAACGUUGUUCCAAUCAUAACGAUCUGGAGAUCCUCUCAACUGAGAAGCAAACCUUGCUAUUUUAUCAUUUUGAUGCAGUCGGUGAUUGACUUGGCAGUUGGUGUGUUGGCAAUACCCCUUUUCGUCACCUUUAUGAUCAGUCUAUUGGAUAAAACGUCGAACUGUUUGCUUGCAAUUUUGACUUUGAGAGGCACAGUUAUAUUAAUUACGUUUUCUGUAUUUACAAUCAUUGCUAUGACAGCAGAAAGAUACAUUGCUAUCCUACAUCCCUACGCUUACCCCACCCUAGUAACAAAGAAAAGGCUUGUGAAAUUUGUGUGUUCCUGUAUUGUCGUGAAUUCAGCUGUUACUGUCCUUUCCUUUUCAUUAGAUGACAGAUAUGUCAAGAUAUACGCAUCUGCUAUAACAUUAAUUAGUGUAAUCUUCAUCGUAUUUGCUUACACAAGAAUAUACCUGGUUGUCAGAAGGUUGUCUCGUUCGGAAAGAAGAGCACAUGAUUCUUCUUCCGAGGGAAACACGACAAGAAGAAAAGUGCUUCUUCAGGAAAUCAAACAAGCUAAAUCUUGUUUCAUUGUAGUAAUUUGUUUUUUCGCUCUCUGCCUUUUCCCUGUUGUAGCUAUUCAGUCGGUAUUCAAAAGCCUUGACAAAUUUGAAAAUCUGGCAUUCUUUAUCUGGGUUUUUACGCUCAGCCUUAGCGUUUCUAUUGCGGACUCUGUGAUAUUUUUUUGGACGAAGAAAAUAUUGAGAAAGGAAGCAGUGAAAAUACUGAACACGAUAGGCCUGUGCCUGUCGUCGAACAAUCACGAUACUCACUAGAUAAAUAUAAAUGUUCAUUAGGUCGUAAAUUCCUUUGCUGUAUUCCUUUCAUUGAUGUAUAAAUUAAAAUCU